AUGAACACAGCGGAUCUUAAAUAUUUAUCCAAGAAUGCAGGAUCGGUGGAAGAAAAUAUUAAUCAAAAAGGUCGGCCACCCAGUAAACGUUAUCUUUUUCAAAACCAGCAUCCACAGGCUACAACAUAUUUAAUGAUGAAAUACAGUCAGCCUCAUGUACCUAUUCUUUAUGGUCCUCAAAUUCCUCGACAAGAUCGUGACGACACUCGAGAACGAUACAGUCGAGCUCUUCUCACACUCUUCGUGCCCUGGCGUACUGUAGCUGAUCUUUGUGAUGCCAAUGAGACAUGGGAAGAUGCAUUUAAAUCUCGAAAAAAUUUUGUUUCCAUGCAUUCAUGGCAGAUUAUAGAAAAUAUUCAACUUUUGCAUGAAUGUAAAAAGGACCGCGAUGAACAUUUACUUAGGGCGAUAUAUAGUAUAACGUCUCGUCUUUAA